AAGAUGAGGUUGCAUAUGUGGUAAACAUGCCUUCCACUUCUGGCCUUGCUAGCCAUCUGAAAACCACAAUGGGAUCGUAUUAGUUGGUAGAUUAUUCACAAAUUGGAAGACUAGGACCCCUUUUAAUUUAAUGGAACUUUGCCUCCAAUGAUAAACGUCUCCCUACGACUCUUCUCCACAUCAAGAUUCUUGUCAGCUUCAUGGUGUGCCACUCUCCUUCAUCAGGACAUGAACCCUAAUAUAACAAAGAGAAGCACGAAGGGCAUAACUAACCACUUAUUGUAUCCAUUUUCUGCGAACUCUCUCUCUCUGCGAUGAUAUGCCUUUCCUACCUCUUUCCUUAAACUAAUUAGAAGCACUAAAAGCCAGCAUCCUGUUCCAUUUCUUCAACAACAAUCUAGCUGCAAUCAUUAGAGAUUAAAUGAAAGCAUUAGCUGUCUUCAGAUCCAAGCUUUUUAGUCCAUGCAAGAAACUACUGUUAUUCUUCAGAUUCAAGCUCAGAAGACCUGUCUUUAUAAGAGGUCUUCAACUUCGUCGUCGCAGCAAGAAACCCAGAAAAGCUCCUAAAAAGAAUCGAGUUCUUAAUUCUUUACUCUGCGUUUUUCAUCCUCUUAGGAAGUCGAGAAAGACGGACAGAGUUUCGGAACUUAGGAGCGUCUCAGAACAGGAGUGUGAAAGAAUGCUCUUUCCAUCACCUCUUACACCAGCUUAUAUCAAGGCCAGUUUGGAAAAGAAAAGGCAAACCUUCGGUGAUGAAGAUGUAGAAGAUGCGUGCAGAAGUUUCGAGAACUAUUUGGUAGAGAUGAUGGUUGAAGAGGGGCAAGUGAGGGAUUUAAUGGACGUGGAAGAGCUAUUGUAUUGCUGGAAAAACCUGAAGUGUCCCGUCUUCAUUGAUUUGGUCGGUAGAUUCUAUGGAGAGCUAUGCAAGGACUUGUUCUCUCCCGAUGACGCCAGCACUGACAUAAAUAGUCCCAAGUGAUUCUGCAACUAGUGUCACGGUCCCUGUCUUCCCCUCAAUCCUUCUCUUCUAAUCUCUCUGUUGAAUCUUUGUAAUGUUAGUAGUAAAUAUGAAAGGAAUAAAGCCCAUUGUUGAAU